GAGGCCUUUGGGGAGGCGGGACCCUCCAUGUCGGUGGUGAGGUCGAUCGAGCUGGUGAUCCCCAAGGAGGUCUACGUGGCCGGCUCGGACGUGGCCGGGCAGCUGGUCGUCCGGCUCCACAGCACCCUCGUGGACCCUCUGCUGAAGGUGGAGCUGAUCGGCCGCGGCUACCUGGAGUGGAUUGAGGAGGCCGAUGGGGAGAGGGACUACCACCAGCAGGCCACGUGCGUCAACCGGGCCGAUUACGUCCACAAGACCAAAACCUUCCAGAUAGAAAGAAACUGGCUGGGUCCCGGCGUCCAUACCUUUGACUUCCAUUUCGUCCUGCCUCCCAGCAUCCCGUCCACCUUCACCAGCCGCGUUGGACGGAUCUCGUACUACCUGCAGGCCCUUUGCGCCACCCGGGAGCUCAUCCUCAGGAAAGAGAAGAAGUACAUCCUGGUCCAAGGGAUCUCCAUUUUCCGCCAGGACACCCUCGAAUCCGAAUUCCCUUUAGUGGUGGAAGUCCGGAAAGUCCUUCUCUACCACUGUUGCUUGACCAGCGGGCCUGUAACCCUCCGGAUGUCCCUGGCCCGGAGCAUCUACGCCCCCGGCGACACCAUCCCCUUCACCACGGAGAUCACCAACGAGACGGGCAAGUCCAUCAAGAAGGUGGUCUUCGCCCUCCACUCGGUGGUCCUCUACAAGGCCUUCAACCUCCGGGCCGAGCGGCGGACCCUGGAGCAGCGGGAGGAGGUGGCCCGCCUGGAGUCGCCCGUGGCGAGCGGCCGUGGGGAGGUCACCCGGAUCCAGAGCACCCUCCCCCUCCCGGAGGUCCUGCCCGUCAGCAGCGACGCCCAUGGGCCGGAGGACAUCAUGGAGGUCGGCUACGAGCUGACCGGCAUCGUCCACUUCCCCUGGUGCCUGAAGAAGGUGGUGGCCAAGAUCCCCGUAGUGGUGAGGAACCCGGCUCCUGAAUGAAAGGCCCAGGAGGCUGCCCCCGACCCUUGACCUCUUCUCCUCCCCACACACACACACUUUGAAUUUUUAUAUAUACAGUAUAUCAUAUGUAAUAAUUACAUCAAAGAAUGCUUAUUGUUUGACAGCAGGUCUUCUUUCUAAAGACAUGCAUCAAGUAAUGCUGGAGUGACCCAAAUCAAUUAAAGUCCAGGAUACGUUUAUGUUUCAAUGGA